UGGACAUGACUCUCCAGUCGGCCUUAUUGGAUCUUCAGUGUCCUGCGCCGACGAAACCUUUGUCACUUCAACGCCUCAUGAAGGCUUUUUACCGCAUGCGGUAACAGACACCGAGGUGACGCCUCGAUUGCUCCAAAGGAGGAUACCCCUUGGAGCAUCGAGAUGAUCCGCGCCCUGAGUAGCAGCAUCGAUGCCCAAAAGGAACGGACAAGGCUCUCAUAUCGUUCCUUCCAUCGUUCCGCCGAGCCGUCGGAGCCUUGUUGCGUUGUCCCCAUGCUGUCACGAGCUUUGAAGUCCAACGCCACGUCUAUCUAUCUCCUGGACAUUCUUCUUGCUGACGACGCACAAAUGUCUACCAUCAGUUCCGAGAAGUCUGAAACGAAGGAGGUCGCUCACAUAAACGAUCUCAGCCGUGACCAAAAUCCGGCCUCAAGCUCGCAUGGCAGCCUUGAGCUCGAGCAGCUUCAUGCUGAGGGUGACGGAGAGGAGCCUGUGUACGCGACUGGAUUACGUCUGGUGAUGAUUAUGACAACCAUCAACUUGAGUUCCCUCAUCGCAUCUUUGGACUUGGGCAUUGUCGCUACCGCAAUCCCCAAAAUCACCCAAGAAUUCCACGGACUCAACUACAUUGAAUGGUACAGCUCCGCCUGUUUCCUUACCGUCGGGGUGACCUCUGCCAUGUGGGGCAAGAUGUACAAGUACUUGCCCGCUCAAUGGACCUACAUGAGCGCGCUUGGCAUCUAUCUCGUCGGCAGCAUUGUCGCCGCCUCGGCUCCCAAUAGUAUCGCUUUGAUUGUUGGCCGUGCUAUCCAAGGCUGGGGAUGCGCUGGUUGCCUCAGCGGCUCCGUCCUGAUCAUCAACUAUACCGCCGCGCCUAGCAAACGCCCCUUGCUUAUCGGCAUGUGGAUCGGUGUCUUUAUGUGUGCAACUAUCCUCGGUCCUGUGCUCGGUGGUGUCUUCACCACAGAAAUCACGUGGCGUUGGUGCUUCUGGAUCAAUCUUCCGGUUGGUGGUCUUGCCAUCGCCCUGCAACUCAUCUUCUUGCGCAUUCCCAAGCACAUCAAGACACCUCAGGCGAGUUGGAAGGAGAUUCUGUUGAACCUCGACUUCCCAGGUGCCGGCAUUCUGCUCGCCUCGUUGGUCUGCUUCAUCUUGGCUCUCGAGUGGGGCGGUGUUACCAAGCCAUGGUCCAGCGGCUCGGUCAUUGCCACGCUGGCACUGUGGAUCGUCCUCACAAUUGCAUUCUUCGUUGUGGAGUAUGUCCAAGGCGAGCGUGCAGGAAUGCCAUUUCGGCUGUUGAAGCAACGCAUGAUCUGGGCCAACGCUCUCUACGCAUAUAUUACCAAUCUGGCUAACUUCCAAGUCCUUUUCUACCUUCCCUACUAUUUCCAAAGCGUCAAGGGAAAGACGGCCAUCAUCAGCGGUGUGUACACCCUUCCAUUUCUGGCGCUCUAUGCUGUUGGCGCAAUGGCUAGCGGCGCUCUCCUGGGCAAGACACGCAUGAUGCACCCUUUCAUGGCCAUGAGUGGGCUGUUGGCUGUCGUGGGCGCGGCCUUGUUUUACUCCAUGGAUGUCAACACCUCUCAAGCUUGGUACAUUGGCGCUCAGAUUCCAUUUGGUCUCGGCAUUGGCCUUGCAAACCAAGUCCCCGUGACUGUAGUGCAGGCUUUCACCGACCCCGCCGAUGUGGCCAUAGCGACCGCAAUUAUCUUCACCUUCCAAACCAGUACCGGUGCCUACUUUACGACUGCAGCGCAGUCCAUCUUCGAAAACUUGCUGCUGCAGUCGCUGACCAAGAACGCGCCGGAUGUCGACAUCGCCACUGUCUUAGCUGCCGGCGCUUCUGCACUUGACAAGAAGUUCAGCGGCGCUCAACUCAGCCAAGUCAUCCAUGCGUAUACUCAGGGGAUUCAAGGCGUGUUCGCCUUCAGCAUUGCCGGUGCCGCGCUGACGGUCUUUCUAACGUUUUUGGUUCCGUUCAAGAGAUUGCCCAUCUUCGCAGAUAAGGCGACGCAAGAAGCCGGUCCGAGCGAGAAGGAGUCGGUUGUGGAGGUGUAGCCAAGCCGUGGCCAUGUAACGAGGGAAUUGGGAACUCGCAUGUCCGUCACCUUGACGAAUGCGUCAAACGACGACAGCUCGAACUGGCCUGCUCAAAAUGAUAGAUUUUCGUGGCCUCAGUAGAGUAAUAUAAGUAGAUUGGGUUAGAACGGCGACGAUGUCAGCACCAUUCACGAUAGGCUGCUGAUCUUCCAUAAAGCCACAAAAUACGGGGCUGACAAUAAGAACAGUCUACACUGUCCUCAUCGCAGAGGC